UAAAUAAGGCUGGUUUACGAAGACAAGCUGCUGAACUGGCAACCAAGAAAGGUGAGUUCAGGGUUUCUCUACAGACAGGGGAGGAGUUAAUGAGACACAGGUGGAGGUGGUUAGGUGAUCACCAUGGUAGACGGAGGAGGUGUAGACAGUAGACACACGAGAGGGGGAGAGCAGCACCACAGAGAGAAACAUGAUCCACAGGGAUUUGAGGCCAGUUCCAGCAGUCGUCAGAGUCUGGGGUCCUAUAAUCAGUAGACAAAGGUUAGCUUUAUAUGUGUACGAAUAUUUGUUGCAUGUCGGCGCACAGAAAUCCGCACAGACCUUCCUGUCAGAGAUCCGAUGGGAGAAAAACAUUACACUUGGGGAACCUCCAGGAUUUUUACACUCGUGGUGGUGUGUAUUCUGGGAUCUGUAUUGUGCUGCGCCAGACCGGAGGGAGACGUGUGAACAUUCCAGCGAGGCCAAGGCUUUCCAUGACUAUAGUGCGGCCGCUGCCCCCAGUCCAGUGAUGGGUAACAUGCCUCCCAAUGAUGGCAUGCCAGGGGGGCCUAUGCCUCCAGGAUUCUUUCAAGGUCCACCAGGAUCUCAGCCUUCCCCUCACACACAGCCUCCUCCUCACAACCCCAGUAAUCCCAUGAUGGGACCUCACGGACAGCCAUUCAUGUCUCCACGGUAUCCAGGUGGCCCCAGGCCCUCCCUCCGAAUGCCAAAUCAGCCUCCUGGAAGCAUCCCAGGGUCACAGCCUCUCCUGCCAAACAGUCUGGAUCCCACCAGACCUCAAGGUCAUCCAAACAUGGGAGGACCAAUGAGGAUGAAUCCUCCCAGAGGCAUGGGCGGCAUGGGUCCACAGAACUACGGCGGUGGGAUGAGGCCUCCUCCAAACUCCAUGGGUCCAGGGAUGCCCGGCAUGAACAUGGGUCCUGGUGGCAGAGGUCCGUGGCCAAAUCCUAACUCUAAUUCAAUAGCAUAUUCAUCUUCAUCUCCAGGAAACUACGUGGGUCCCCCAGGGGGAGGAGGCCCACCAGGAACUCCCAUCAUGCCUAGCCCUGGAGAUUCAACAAACUCAAGUGAAAACAUCUACACGAUGAUGAACCCCAUUGGUCCUGGUGGAAAUAGGCCAAAUUUCCCGAUGGGUCCAGGUCCUGACGGACAGAUGGGUGGGAUGGGUGCUAUGGAGCAGCAUCAUAUGAACGGGUCACUAGGCUCUGGGGACAUGGAUGGGUUGCCAAAGAAUUCUCCCAACAACAUGGCAGGCAUGAACAAUCCUCCCGGCACCCCACGAGAUGACGGCGAGAUGGCAGGCAACUUUUUAAACCCAUUCCAAAGUGAAAGUUAUUCACCCAACAUGACGAUGAGUGUGUGAUUUUGUCUGUGUGUGUGUGUGUGGGUGAGUGUGUGUGUCUGUGUGAGAGUGUUUUUUUACUUUAUUUUUUUGAAUCUCUCCUCACCCUAUUGUCCCUCCCCCAUCCACCCGUCCUGCCCUGCCCUGCCCUGCCCUGCCCUGCCUCCCUCCACACUGCCUUUUCCUCUGCCUCCUUGUGGAUGAUGCGCCGACUGCCACGCAGCCCCCAAGGAAUCUUCCAGGAACGGGAAUUAGCUGAAGACCCCCACCUCUGCCCGCCCCUCGGUCCCAACAGUUGUAAAAUUGGCACAGGAGUGUGAAACUGCCACCGAGCAUCCUGGAGGCUCUCCUUAUUGUUCUAACAGGACAGUGAUGGCUCAACCACUCUACCACAUAAUGCUGGCUGACUCUGGAGCUCCAUUUGCAGGAUGAACUGUGGUCGUCGUGAAGUCAGAGUGCAGAACACGGUUUCACGAAAUCUUUGUAUUUUUUUGGUUGUCGAUAUUGUUAUAUUAUUCAUUGUUGUUAAUGGUUGUCUAAUGUAGUGAUGGUUUCCUGUAAAGGGCAUAUUUUAUCUCAGCAGCAGCAUCAACAAUGACAGAAUAAGCACACACUUAAGAAAAUGCACAAUGAUUUUCUGUUUACAUGAUUUAAGGGGAAUUUGUUUAUAGUUUGUUUCUGUCCUAUCUCUCUCUGUCUCUCUCUCUGUCUCUUUCUCUCUGUCUCUUUCUCUUGUCUCACGUCCUCCUGUCUGUAAACUAAACUUUCAGAUUACCCCUCAUAUAAUCAGUUUUUUUUUCAUCUGUUCAUGCAGUAUAUGAUGAGGGUUCUUUCUCUUUCUUUCCUUGAACUUUAACUCCUGGUACAGAGAGGCAGCAAAAUGAACUUGCGUCUGAUUUAUUUUUCUUGUUUGAAUGCCCCUGAUUCUAGAGCAGGACGAGACAGAGCUGGUUAUAAUCAUUAGCAAUCGUCAGAGCAUUUAAUUUUUCUGUUGUUUUUCUUCCUGUUUGUAUAUAGAGUAAUUCAUGAAAGCGUGUGUGGUUGUCGAUUUAUUGUUAUUUACAAUAUAACCUGUGAAUUUUAAAUAUUAUUUCUCAUUUCCGUCCCUUUGUUUGGUUUGAGCCUCACAGUGGGCUCUUCAGGUGGCGCUGUUCUUUACCAGGAAUAUUUAUUUUCAUUGAGACCAGGGCGUGGCUGUGGGAUCUCUGUGUGUCAUGGUUUCAGUUUGAGGUUGAUCUGUGUCCUUGUAGCUGCAUUUGACAUAUCCUUUAGAAAGACGUGUUCGGAGACAGUGGGUUCUGAAUAUGGGAGUUCGCUGCAGCAGCACCGACGAUGGGAGCAGAGUGAUUCACCCUUUUAAAAACCACACAGCUACAUGUGGCAAAAUGAAAGGGUUAAAAGUCACAUACGAGCUUCUCUGUCUUUGGUGGAUUGUUUUUCUUUUAAAUGUGUUCAACUAAAAUGCCCGGGAAAUCUGCACACAAAAGAAGCUACAGUAUGACACUGGUUUUUUUUUUAUUCGUUUUUUUUUCUUUAUUUCAUGUAUUCUUGGUUUGAUUAACUCACUGUUUGGGAGUUAAACAGUCUCUGAGGGCCUAACAAAAACAACGGCCCAGGCCCCUGUAGGUGACUGUGAAAAAAAUCUUUGCAUCCUUGAAAUGAUCUAACAUGACAUUAACAGGGACAUCUCCAGGCUGUCAGUGACCUGGGAACUCUCUUCAGCAGUUCUUCCUUCCUCCCUCUCGUCCCGUCCCACACACCCUUUAACUCCUCUCCCUUUAAUUUUGGUUCUUUUUGUGUGUAAAUACUGUACAAUGCAUUUUGAUAUCAUUGACAUGUUUUUGAUAUGUCACUCACUACCAAUGAAUACAGCUGAAAGUAAAUUAUAAAUAAAAAAAAAUUGUCCAUAUUUUACAUAGAGAAAGGAUGCGCUGGCGAGUGGGCUCACAUAGCAACAAUCUCCAUGAAAAUGUACAGACCAGAACAACACAGACACAUCUGUGUGCUGCAGAUGUGUUUCGAGGGGAGAUGAGGAGCGAGGAGGGCAGAACAGAGGAAGCAAAUAAGCCGCUACAUCCUAACGGCGGCCUCGCUCUCCAAAUGUUUCAGUUUAGCAUUACCAUUGGCUGUGAAUAAUCAGCAUCUGAUUCUUUUCUUCUUAAGGGCACCUUCUCAUAGAAAACACGUGACCUCGUACUGCAGUUUUUAAUAUGAAGGAUUUUUAUCGAUUUAAGAACUUAAAAAAAAAGGAAUACUUAAGAGAACCUCAUUUUAAAUUAAGAAUAGAUGACAAAGUAAUAAUUAUGGGGGAAAACUGUGUCCUUUGCUAUUUGCUCCUGUACUAGCUUUGUAUAGAUUGAUGCUCUUACUGAUUCUCAGUCCUCCGUGUAUAUCGAUCGUUGGCCAUCUCUGUACUUCUAUUGUGAUGUAUAAUACUGUACCAUUAGGAAGAUUUGCGGGUAGGGUGGAGGUGUGGGGGGUUGAGGGGUAUACACGCGAAGGGUAUAUAAAUGAGUCUCCUGUACUGUUCCUGGUCCUUCUGAUGACACGGCAGUAUUUAAUAUGAAGCAGGCGGUCUCAUAGGUUUGCUUUGUAUUUCAUGGUAGGAUAGUCCAGAAUCUUGUCUUAGGGACUUAGGUGUCUUGUGUAGUUCAAAAAAGAUGUUCUUUGUAUGUUUCUUUAUAUUGUAAAGUUUCUUUAGACUGAAAGAAAAAAAGAUAAUUUGCUUAUUGAAAAAAAACAAUGCAUCAAUAAUAAAUGUCAUUUGAUUUUUGA